AGAUGUAUUGUGUUUACCGAGCAGGAUAAUUGUUGGUUUAUAACUCUUUUUCUCUGUCAUUUGUUUCCCGAGAGACGGUGAAGGGGAUUAGACGGCCGCUGGGCUGGGAGAGUAGUGGUGACCAUGUCCUUACUUUGCUCUGACUCCUCCGCGAUUCCACCGAUGGCCAUUGCAGAUUUUUGUAGGUGGACAUAAUAGGUGGCGCUUGGAUCACAUGCAACUGAAGCUGCAUUGAACAAGCAACUGAACGACAAAGAACGUGCCGCAGCUGCGUUGGAAAAUUCAAACCUGCUGGACACACUCGAGGAGUGCUUGUCACCAACGCUUGGUUGAGACCUGAAUUACAUCGGAAGCCUGUUCCAGACUACUGCAGAUUAAUUUUAUCCAAGAUAAAUCCCUUGGGUGUCGCAGGGCGUGGGCAUCGAUUUUGGUGCUCUACGCCUCUCAGUAAGCAUAUUGCUGCCACCUCAGCUCUUUCUGUUUUCAUUUUUCUCGCAGAAACUGAGUGCUGUGAUUUUGUAUGUGAUGUGCUGAUCCUUGCCAUCACUGGAAAGAAGUCUGGUUACUCUUACCCUCGGUUAUAAAUGGCAUGUUUUCGUUACUCCUCGUGUUACGGAUUGACACAUUUAACCUUGGUUAUUAAUGGCAUGUUUUUGUUACUCCUUGUGUUUACGGAUUGACACAUUUACCAUCUGAAGAAAUGCUUACCAUCCUACCCACCAAGCAUGCUUGGCAUGUUCUAGUGACUUGAAUGUAAUUGCAGCCUUUGCCUUGGUCUCAGAAUUAGAACGCCCACUCUCUUGUGGGAGUAUCCAUCCAUCCAUGAAUCUCCGAAGCUGGCAUGGCGAACCCAGGUUCUUCCUUGUAUACUUUAACUGUCUUUACCCUGCUUGAAGUUUCUGUAGCAGAUGUCCAGGGGAGCGAACAUACGUGUGUCUCAACAUUAACCAUCUCACACAUGUCUAUCGGGGGUCCGAUUGGUUGAAGUUUCAAAAUAAGUAUACUUUUAAAAUUGUCAUGGAAGGGGCACUGGAUGUCCAUCCAACUUGAAUCUUGCUUGUAUUGUGCAAACAUUUUACAGAAAUAGUACCCAGUGUUAGAUUUCGAUUGAAAGGGAGGGUGCUCCGUUAGAUGGUCAAAACUCCAAGAAUAGAAUGGCUUAAUACCGUUGACAUGAUUUUCAUGCUUUCAACUUGCGGGAAUUUGUCUGUCUAAGCCAAAUCAGUGCAUUGCAGAGGGAAAAUGGUCAGGGGGUUGAUAAAGGCUAACCCUUUGGUACAUGAGAAAAAAGAGUGGCGCACCAGACAUGCACCUGAAUGCACAGAUGAAAAUGCAGUCGAGCGCAUAGACUAGCUAGAAAUAUUUGAUAUCCCAUUUAUUAUUUUUCUGUGUGUAUGUAGUGUAGCUUGCUUUCCUGCUAUGCCUUUUUAAAAUCUGGGUCCUCCUAUCAUAAUUAUUUUUUAUUCCUUAAUAUUCUCACAACAUAUUAGAGAUAUAAAGGACCCUGAGCACCCAUACACAUUGAAGAGCUUUAAUGUGGCAAUUGAAGACUCAGUCGAAAUCAGUGAUGAGCUUAGUCAUGUCAGGGUUACUUUCACCCCAACAGUGGAACAUUGCACUAUGGCUACUAUCAUUGGCCUAUGCUUAGGUGUGAAGGUCAUGCAGAAUUGCGGACUCUUCCUCCUCAUUACAAGGUAUGCUAUGGCCGUAGAGUACAAAAAAUUCCUGCUAUUCUAGGUUCACAAAUCAUCAUGACCUGCCUAAAAGGAAAAAUCACGAACUUCCUGAUUAUAUUACUAAAUCCAUGAAGUCUCGGAAAUAAUAUGUUAGUGUUGUUUACAAUUCAGGAUGUCCUGGAAAUAUGUUCUAGACCUUCUAUUUGUGUCAACCGCUUAACUUGCUGCUGCCAUCACGGAACACGUUUUUUUUUUCUUUUGCCUUCAGAAUUCGAAUACUGCCUACCCCAACUUGCUUGGGAAAAAGGCUUUUAUGUUGUUAUUCAGAAUUCAAAUACUGCAAACACACUUUGGAGACGGGGCAUUUAUCAGGGGCGGACCCAGGUAUAGGUGAGUGGGGGCAUAGGCCCCCACUCAAUUUUUUUCAAAUCCUCUAGAAUUUAUUCAUAUUUGGAUGAAAAAUGUGUGAAUUGUGUGAAUUUACGCUGUAUGUUCCCCCAGUCAAAUGUUUUGCACACGCUCAGACUUAUUUCUCGGUCCGCCUUACCUGAAUGUAAUUACCUUAAAGAUCUAUGCACAAUAAAUGCAAGAUACAGCCCAGCCCAUACCAUUCGUCCAUCGCAAAAUUACAAUCGGGACCUUGAAAACCCUGGUUCCCCUUCCCCCUUCCACAAUAUCCAAUCCCCUCACCACAUCCUCGCCAGACCAAAUUCCACCGGUACGCAGGUCGCCGGUCUAGAGGAGGAGGAGGAGGAGGAGGAGGAGGAGGAGGAGAAGGCGGCAAUGCGCGCUCCAAAGAGGCGUAGAUCUAUUCGAGUCGACGGCAAGCAAGUGCCACUGGGUGCCAGCAACGGCAUGGAUCUGGAAAGCCUUGACGACCUGGACCUCAUAAGCUGCCUCCCCGACGAUCUGCUCGGCACCGUCAUCUCCCUCCUCCCCACCAAGGAAGGUGCCCGCACGCAGGCCCUUUCCCGCCGUUGGCGCCCACUCUGGCGCUCCACUAGUGCGCCGCUCAACCUUGUGGCGGAUAGUAGCCUCUCCGGGGACAACGCGCGCGUCGCGGUGGUCUCCAAGAUCCUCUCCGACCAUCCAGGCCCGACCCGCCACUUCUCCCUCCACAUCAUCUCUGUCCACAGCUUCCUGGUGAAGGUCGCCCGCUGGUUCCGCUCCGAGGCGCUCAAUGGCCUCGAGGAGCUCAGUGUCACCAGCCUGAGGAUCGACCGCUACCAGGUGCCGCCACACAUUCUGAACCGCUUCGUGCCUACGCUCCGCGUGCUCAUGCUCGACCGCUGCCAAUUCCGUGACCUGGUCGCGCUGCCAAGUUUUUCGCAUCUCAAGCAGCUCAUCCUGUUUGACGUCAUCAUCUCGGAGGACUCUCUCCAAUGCAUGAUAUCCGGAUGCACUGCUUUGGAAAGUCUUUGGCUGCGCAACAGAUUUGGUCGCCUUUGCAUCAGUUCCCGGACUCUUAGGAGCAUCAAACUCUAUGCAUGUCGCUCAAAAGGAGCUGAGCUGGUCAUUGAGGAUGCCCCUUGCCUGGAGAGGUUGCUACCAAAUUGUCCAAAUGAUGGUCCGGCGACCAUCCGGGUGAUACAUGCUCCUAAAUUGAGAAUAUUGGGUUUUUUGUCUGAAGGCAUAUCCACACUCCACCUUGGCACCACCGUUUUUCAGAAAAUGGUUGCAGUCAGCUUGAGAACCAAAAUGCACACAAUGAAGAUUUUGGCUCUCAACUCAACUGGCGCUAAUCUGGAUGCUGUUAUUGACUUCCUCAAGUGCUUCCCUUGCUUAGAGAAGCUCUAUGUCGUUUUGCAGCCAAAAAGAGGUAUGACUAACAGAAGGAGGGAAUCAAAAUUGUUAAAGUAUGACCGACUUCAUCCGAUUGAAUGCUUGGAAUUCCAUCUACAAAAAGUGGUGAUUAAGAAUUACGAUGGCGACAAGAGGCCAUGUGUUGACUAUGCCAAGUUCUUCGUUUUGAAUGCGAAAGUGUUGAAGCAAAUAGAAAUAGGGUAUCUUAACAAGGAAAGCGACAAAUGGAUGUGUGAUCAGCGUAGGCAGCUUCAGGUGGAGAAUAGAGCUUCUCGAGAUGCACAAAUUGAACUAAUAAGUGAUAGAUAUGCCAUUCCCGUGAACCAUGAGUACACCCAUGAGUCAAUGGCUGAUCCUUUUGAAUAGAUCCUUGUAUGGAUGCUCCAAGUGUGUUACAUAGCCUUUGUGAUUCUCUGUAAAAUGAUCUGCUUCAUUCAGCAAUGGAGUGCUUUGUUACCACCCACUGUGGAGGAAGCCAUGAUUGCGGACGUAUGGUGCCUAAGCCUGGGAUUGAAAUCCAGAGUUAUGAACCUAAAAGACAGAUGAACGUUACUAGUCUUUAUGUGUUAUGCUUAGUUGGUACUGGUUUGUUUCUCUCUUGGUUUGCUAUCUUAUUGUAAGCUACCUGAAGGCAGCUAAUAUAUUUGUGUACCUAUCACCUGCUGUAAUAAGAAAGGAGCCUUGCGUUAGUUA